AUGAAAUGUGAAUGCGUCGAGAUGAAAACAAAAUGGAGGGAACAAUAUGUCUUUUAUCAAGAAUUCGAUCCUAAAACCUCCAGCAUCAUCGCUUCGGCCUUGGGAAAAAAUUCCAUCGGUUACCUUGGCGACAAUACUCCAUUGAUCGCGAAACCGAGUACUCAACCGACCGAAAGUUCUCAAUCCGACUCGAUCACACUUGCAUUAUUCGUCGCCGUGGUGGUCAUGGGAUUCAUCAUUUGGUGGUAUUGUAGUGAGGAUUUGUACAUGAUAUAUAGAAUUUAUAAAUUAUUUUUAAAACUACCGGACGUCACUUCGGAAAAUAAACAAGGUGAAAAUCAGUCCCGUCAACCGGCACAACCAUUGAAGACGACAACGGACACGAAGUCGCUGCUUUCGAAGAAAACCAAGUCUACUAUUGCAAAGGCCUCACCCGCAACGGCUAAAACUUCUGCGAAGACUCGAUCAAAAGUCAAAUCCGAUUCAAGCAAUAACAUAUCAUCCACCGUUGAAGUUUCUUCAAAACCUGCUUCAUCAGACGUGAUCUCAUCUCCAUGUGCGGCGGCGUCAGCGGAAACUCUCCCAGGCGGUGCGUCAUCGCUGGCCGCGAAUGUGUCUUCAACCAUCACAACGAUGCUGAACGCUAAAUUACACGCCGAUGCAUCCUCAACAACGCCAUUCACAUCACAGCAAAUAUUGAGGGCACGAGGUAAAAUACGUGAAGAUGGGCACACCAGUGAUGAGCCCCUGAAAAAUCAUUCAAUGAGUGAAAUUCAAGAGAGGACACUUGAGGUCAUAGCAGCCUAUGAAGAAAUUGGAAAUGCGUUUAAGAGAGCCGCUCUCGCUGUUGAAAAAUUAAAAACAAUACUGCCGCCCGGCACCAGCAUUGUAAUCCCCCAACUUCCGGUGGCGCCAGAAAUACCUGGAAGUCAGUCAUCGGUCACUGAAUCUACUGAUAACACUCGAACCGACCGUCAUCCGGCUAACGCUACCACAUCGUCUGCAUCCAAUAACGCCUCAAUACAAAAUAUCCUCAAUGACACUUCAUCAGAUAGUACGAAUAAUGAUAACGACAUAUGGGAGUAUAAUGAUCUAGCUUCUCUGCCAUGGGCGAGCCAGGGGGAUUCAUCCACGUGGCCAAGUAAAGGUUCCUCAUUUGUUGACAAUAAUGCCGGAAAAGAAACUACAUCCCCUCCACCUCUUUCCUUCCAAGAUUCGGAAUGUACACAUGAACCUGAUAACAUUGAUAUGGAGGUCUACGGUGAUAAAGAUGAAGUAUCAGUUGUUAGUAGAGUAUCGGGUAAUUAUGUGGAAAUUAUUGAUGACAAUCAUCUUGGAAAUGAUUCCGAAUCAUCAAUUUAUGACCAUCGCAACGAAAUGAAUAAUACUGGACGUAAGGAUCAAAACAAACUGGAUGUUAACGGCGAAGACGUUGAUCAGGAAGCGCAAAUAGUCACCGGAGGACAUACCGCUAAAAUAAGCGAAGAAUCUGGAACAUUCGAUUAUUCGAAUACGAAAUUCACCGACGAAGAAAUCUUUAUUCUCGAAGAAUUCAAUAAAUAUUACAGCCGUAGGAUGCUAACGGACAAGAGUACAAAACAGUCUAAAGUCGCCACUGAAAUUAGCAGCUUUACGCCCAAGGUUACAUUCGAACAAACUGCAGUCUCGAAACUG